AGAAAUAUCAACAUUUGUGUUAGCACAUUCGAUGAUGUCAAUACUUCAUUUGUUUUCUAUGGUGCUUCUCUUUGUUGCAUUUCUCCCUCAGAAGUACGAAGGAUGCAAAAAUUGUUAUACAACUAAGGAGAUAAAUGAUGGAGUCUCUCAAGCCCGCAAGUUGUUACUUGUCGCACCUUCACUAAAGAAAAAUGACACAUCACUAAGUGACAAAAUAACAUUUUUAGAUGUUCAUAUGACUUUGGCUUCGAUGGAGGUGAGAAGUUCUAUUCCGAAGUUGUUGGGACAAGCCUAUGCAUUAAAUGGUGGUCCGGAUGAUGUAGCCUAUUUCGCGGCGCACGCAUCAAUUCCUGGAAAGCCUUAUAAUGAAUACUUUGGAAUUGUUGCAACCAUAGAUGUGUAUGGUCAUAAUAUUCGUCAUGGCCAAAUGAGCGCAUCUUCAGUUAUGGUUGCCAACCUUGGUGAUGGGUCAAAAGAAACAUACAAUUCUAUUCGUGUCGGUUGGAUGGUAUCUCCUGAACUAUAUGGUGAUUCAUAUGCUCACUUCUAUACUCAUUGGAAUGGAGAUGGAUAUGGGAGAAAGGGGUGCUACAACAUGGAAUGCCCUGGUUUCCAAUUGGAACAGGGAUCAAAAGUAGCUCCGGGUGCUAUCAUAACUAAGGCUCCAACUACGGGUGGGUCCCAUCACACAAUUACAGUCAAAUUGUUCAAGGAGAGGUCAAGUAAAAAUUGGUGGGUGUACUACGGCAUGGACAAUGACACCCCGACAGCAGUUGGCUACUAUCCUGGAAACCUGUUUGCAGGAUUAGCAGAAAAGGCUAGUGGCAUUGCUUUUGGUGGUGAAUCACGUGCCAGAAGAAGCCUUCCAACUCCUCCAAUGGGCAGUGGAUUCUUACCAUCACCAAGUGCAGCAUCCAUGGCCAACCUUCAGUUUGUUGACCAGGAUGGUCAGAGCAUUCCUAUAUCAUCAGAUUUACCAGUUAUUGCGGAUAAACCGAAAUGUUAUUAUGUAUCACCAAUUGUGGGUGCCAAGUUUUUCUUUGGUGGUCCAGCUGGUUGCUUCUAGCAAGGUUCCUAAUCCCUAAGAUUAGGUUGGGAUAAAUGUAAUAAACUCUAGCUCUGUAUUGCCUCUUGCAGUCAUCUGUUUUCCUCUAAGCUUCAGCUUUGAUGGAACAAUAUUGCUCAAUAGAAAAAUAAAUUGUGUUGUGCA